ACUCAACGUUUACGUCUGCGUCUGCGUCUGACAUGCCUUUGUUUUUAUUUAUUGAUUUAAUGCCGCUUAGUCUUAGUUAACUCAGUUAGUUUGUUUUGGUGUUCACAACUUUUCACAAUGUCAGCUCGUGAUCCCCUAAACUCAGAAACAGCUAUUGAUAAUGUUUCCACAAAUUCAACCGACGAGGGAUUGCCUCGAGACUUCAGUCAAAUUAGUCUUACAAGCACAUCGAAACAAGAUGAAUUUUAUAGCAAUGGUCAUUCCGAACUUGCUCUAAAAAAUUUAUACGGAUAUUAUCGAUCACAGACACUUUGUGAUGUAGUGCUUAUUGCCGAAGGUUGCAGGAUUCCGGCACAUAAAGUAGUGUUAUCAUCAUGCAGCGAGUAUUUUGCAGCGAUGUUUACAGGUUCUAUGAAAGAAGCAAAGUUAAAUGAAAUCUCAAUGGAAAGAGUUGACUCAACAGCUCUCCAAUCAUUGGUGCAUUAUUGCUACACAGGUGUAAUAGAGCUAAAGGAGGAAUCAGUUGAGAUGCUACUGGCAACAGCAAGCUUACUUCAGCUGCAUGCUGUUACAAAAGCUUGCUGUACUUUUUUGAUGAACCAGCUUGAUCCUUGUAAUUCUUUAGGGAUUGCUUUGUUUGCUGAACAACAAUCUUGCCUUGCAUUACACAAAAGUGCUUUGGAGUACACUUAUCAACAUUUCAUGGAGGUAAUGAAACAGCCAGAAUUUCUAUCUUUACAUGUAGAUCAGUUAGCAAACUUGCUCAAAUCAGAUGAUCUUAAUGUGACCGCAGAAGAGGAUGUAUGUGAUUGUGUAUUGACAUGGGUACAUCAUGAUAAAGAUAACAGGGAAAAAUAUUUACCAACUUUAUUAAAACUUGUAAAAUUACCCCUACUAUCAUCAGAGUAUUUAAUUGACAAAGUGGAACAGACUUGUGGUAAAAUUCAAGAGUGUCAACCAUUAAUAAUGGAGGCAGUGAAGUGGCAUCUGCUGCCAGAGAGACGGGGUUUACUUGCAUCUUAUAGAACAAGACCAAGGACUUCUACAAUUGGUCGACUAUUGGCUAUCGGUGGAAUGGAUGGUAACAAGGGAGCAAGUAAUAUGGAAGUGUAUGACCCGCGGACUAAUACUUGGAGUCCAUACAUGAGAAUGGGUACUAGACGAUUGCAAUUUGGAGUUGCAGUUCUCCAACGCAAGCUGAUCAUUGUUGGUGGCAGGGACGGCUUGAAGACAUUAAAUACCGUGGACUGUCUCGACAUUGCAACAAUGAGCUGGAGUACGCUGGCGCCGAUGAACACUCACCGGCACGGGCUGGGCGUGGCCGUGCUGGGUGACGGACCCAAUGCCCCCGUCUACGCGGUCGGCGGACAUGACGGCUGGAUAUAUCUUAACUCCGUCGAGAGGUGGGACUCGAUCUCUCGGUCGUGGACGGUGGUAGCGCCGAUGGCGGGCGCGCGCAGUACGUGCGGGGUGGCGGUGCUGGGCGGUCGCCUGUACGCGGCUGGUGGUCGUGAUGGCGGCGCCUGUCUGCGCUCGCUCGAGUGCUACAACCCCGCCACCAACCACUGGCACAACUGCGCCCCCAUGACUCGUCGCCGCUGCGGACUCAGCAUCUGCGCUGCGGGCGGGUACUUGUACGCGCUGGGCGGGCACGAGGCGCCGGCCAACACUGUGGGCGGGAGGCUGGCCUGUGUAGAGCGCUACGACCCCAACACCGACACCUGGACACUGCUGGCGCGUCUCUCAUACGCCCGCGACGCCAUCGGCUCCUGUCUACUCGGCGACAAGAUCGUCGCCGUAGGUGGCUAUGACGGUGCGCAGUAUUUAAAUUUGGUGGAGAUUUACGACACGGAGAGCAACACUUGGCGUAAUCUUGCUCCAUUAUCAAUAGGUCGCGCGGGCGCCGCCGUGGUCGCCAUACCACCUACCAACACAUACCUCUGAUAUCAGGUGAAACGACUCCAUCUUUUAUAUUUUGAAAGUCGGAGACUGCGUUGCCGAAUUAUAUCAACAUUCAACCACUCACUAAAUAUAAACUCUAAAUGAAACUUAAACAUUAUAUCUGAAUAGACCAUUGUAGUUAUUCAAAU